AUGAAGUAUGGCUCCAAGACGGCAGUCAUUCGAAAGGAAUCAUGCCUCCCAAAAGAGAUCUGUUGCUUCAAAGGAAACACGGUUCCUUUUCUAUUCAUAAUAUUAGAAUUUGGUUUGGCGAUCAGAUUUUUAAACCAUCGGCCUCUUGACCAAUCAUCGACACCACUGAAUAAUCAUCCACAACUUGACCCAUCUCCUUUACCAUUUCCUUGCAUUUUUUCUCGAAAAGAUUGUUCUUUUUGGGUAUUCCUUUUUGAGUCUAUAUUUUCUUUUCUUUUCUUUUCUUUCUUUCUUUCUUUCUUUCUUUCUUUCUUUCUUAUAUGCUUGAUGAUUUCUUUUCUUUCUUUCUUUUCUGACAUGCUUGAGGUUCCCCUUCGUUUCUUUUCUUCUUUGUUUAUUUGUUUCUUUCUUUUUUUGUUUCUUUCUUUCUUCCAUGCUUGUUGUAUUCAGUACUUUCUUUUUCUUUCUCUUUUUCUUUCUCUUUUAUUUCUUUCUUUCGUUCUUUUUCUUUCAUACUUGAUGUUUUACUUUCUUUCUUUCAUACUUGCCAUUGUCCUUUCUUUCUUUCUUUCUUUCUUUUUCUUUCUUUCUUUCUUUAUACCAAGCUGCAUCGCUUCCUUGCUGCGGUCUCUCUCUCUCUCUCUCUCUCUCUCCUCUCUCUCUCUCUCUCUCUCUCUCUCUCUCUAUCUAUCUAUCUAUCUCUCUCUGUCCUUUCUUUAA